UGUGUGUGUGUGUGUGUGUGUGUGUGUGUGUGUGUGUGUGUGUGUGCGUGUGUGUGUGUGUGACAGUAUCACAGCACUAACACUUUCUCUCCUCACUCGACUUCUCUGCAGCUUUAACCUCAUUUGAAGGAUUCCAGCAGCAGGUUUGGAUGUGCCGGAGUUUCCAGAUGGCCUUUAAAUGCAUCAUGAUGUAAGCGGCUGCACUGACGGGGAAUAAAACACCUGAGCAGGUGUGCUGCUGCUGCUGCUGCUGCCAACAGGAUGUCCUGCUGCUCCGGCUGCUGCGGAUCAGGAAGAAGGAGGAAGAUGGACGUGUCUGUGCUCAGAGAAGAGUAUCGGAGCUCCAGAGAGAGGAGGAGGAGGCACACUCAGGUGCUGCUGUUCAGGACAGUUUCGGAGGAGCUGUCCGAGGCCGUCGCCAUCGUCCCCGCCCCUCAGGGUCUGACGUUACCAUGGCCACCACCCGUGAUCUUUGACCCCGACCCCUGGCACGUCCACCUGGACCUGCACCGGCGCUCCUGCCCGGAGACAUCCAGCAGACGCUCCGGCUCGUCCUCCUUGGAGGUCGGCGGCUUGCGGCACGAGUCCAGAUACAGGAAACUCUCGGCUCCUCCGAGCAGCUCCUCAGAAUCGCCUCCCUGUUGCUCCUUCAGCGCCACACGAGAGGAGGAAGAUCCAGACCCUCCAUCCCUCAGGGGCUCCAGGGGGGACCUGGCAUUUCCGGACUACUCUCUGGACUUGAUGGAAAGCUCCGCCCCCAUCACCACCAGCCUGCAACAGGACCAGCAGGAGAACCGGUCUACACAGAAGGAGAGCAGUAAUAGCGUCCUGGAGGGGAGGAGCUCCAGGACGCUCAGGUUUACCAGGCAGCAGAGCGUGGGGGGGGCAGCUUCACACUCCCAGAUCUACUACCCGUUCCCCAGCAGGAAGACGCCGAGGAUCUCUGAGGCCGCCAAGAGGCUGGGGAUGUACUCGAGCUUCUGAGGAGGACCGGGUUCAGCAGCAGGUCGUACACGUGCAGCCUCACAGGGAUCAAUAAGUGAUCGAUCGAUACCUGAACCGAUUAAUACAUGAACUGAUUUUUCUGAGUUUUUAAAGAGCCAAAGUUUGAUGGUCCAUCCUUCUCUGAGCUUCACAGAGGAACUCACAUCAUCAUCAUCACCUGUGACGUCGCGUGGUUAUAAAGAGUUCUUUAUGUAGCGGCUCGGUCAUACAUGAAGGUUCAACAGCAUCAUUUGAAUCUGUCAGCAGACCUUCAGCUGUUAUUAUUCUGCAUAGAAACGUCUUUCUGGAUGAACGAAUCUUAUGGAAAUGUAGAAAAAUGAAAAUGUGUCAACAUGAAAA